GAUGGAGAACCGGCAGCUUUACCCAGGCCUAGGGCUUGUGAGCGUCGGGGCAGCCGCGCGCCGCUGGACACCAGCUGCGGCCAGCUUUCCUGAGUGCGCGGCAUGAACCGCAAGAAGCUGCAGAAGUUGACGGACACCUUAACUAAAAACUGCAAGCACUUUAAUAAAUUUGAAGUGAAAUGUCUUAUAAAUCUUUUUUAUAAAUUGAUGGGAGAUGUAACAAAGCGGCAAGGUGUGGUCACUGGACUGGAUCGCAAUGCUUUUCGAAACAUUUUGCACGUGACGUUUGGAAUGACAGAUGACAUGAUUAUGGACAGAGUAUUUCGAGGUUUUGAUAAAGACAACGAUGGUAGUAUAAACGUAUCAGAGUGGGUUUAUGGAUUAUCACUGUUUCUUCGAGGAACUUUGGAAGAAAAAAUGAAAUAUUGCUUUGAAGUGUUUGAUUUGAAUGGUGAUGGAUUCAUUUCAAAGGAGGAAAUGUUCCAUAUGUUGAAGAACAGCCUUCUCAAACAGCCAUCUGAAGAAGACCCUGAUGAAGGAAUUAAAGAUUUGGUUGAAAUAACACUUAAGAAAAUGGAUCAUGACCAUGAUGGGAAAUUGUCCUUCUCAGACUAUGAACAAGCUGUGAGGGAAGAGACUCUUCUGCUGGAAGCUUUUGGGCCAUGCCUACCUGACCCAAAGAGCCAGAUGGAAUUUGAAGCCCAUGUAUUCAAAGAACCAAAUGAAUUCAAUGACAUAUGAGUACCAAAAUGUCUGUAUUGUCUCAAGUGAGUAAAAUGGGAAGUGUAUAUAUUUUCUGCUUAGCUCAGAAAGAUGAUGUUGAAUUGUGUGAUUGGGGUGGGGAAUGGUGUUAACAUACAUAUAUCCUUCAACUUUGGUCUAAAAACCAGGUAAAAUGAAUGGAAGACAAGAAGUUUCUUAUUAGAUGUUGGGUUUGGUAAAAUAAUUUAACAUUGCUGGAGGUAUUUUAUACCUAGACAUCUGUUGAAGCACAUAACUCUUGUAAAGUGUUUGUAUUAAUGAAAUGAAUAGAAAGAUCGUGUAAUCAUGAAGUAUUAAGACAAAUAUUCGUGUCAGGAAAAUACUGGGUAUAAUAAAUUUAAGAAUCAUUAAAACUACUGAGUAUUUUUUGGAGCAGUAAAUAAUUAAGAUGCAUCAAAUAAUAUUGGCAUUUAGCAUUAAAAUACCUUUCUGCUAGUCAUUGAGGGAGAUUUAGAGAAAUGAGAGAAACAUGUAACCUAUUUUAAUAUGAUCUCUAUUGUGUGAGGCUUUGCCAUAACAACCUGACUAGAUUGUUAGUGUCUGAGGGCAGGGGCCUUAUCACACCCAUCUUUAUAUCUGUCUCAGUAUUUAUUAUAGUCUUCUGCACAGAAUGGGCUCUCAAUAAAUACUGUGGAUUGAAAAGUACAAAGUACAACAAGAAAAAUCCAAACUCUUGUCCAGCAGUGAAAGAAGAAAGUGCUGUUUCUUGAGUUUAAUGAAUAGUGCAUAGGUACAGCUUUCAGUUUAUCUCUGGAGUCAUCCUGAUUGCUCCCCACCCCUGCCAUGGCACUCCGUUGGGAAGCCUGUUCCAGGAUCUGUUUUUCUACUUCACCUCCACUCUUUGUCCCCAUAGGAAGGUGUACCUCAGUGGCAUCCCCCACUGCCUGGGAUUCCCCUUGUGUACCCCCUUAAAAAGGGACCCGACUUGCCCUCUGCCCCUCACUAUCAUGCAGGUGCCUGUAGGUAUUGGAUGGAAGCAUGAGAAAGAUGGAGCCUAGUUAUGUUCUAUGGGUUAUUAGCUCUUUUAGUAAACACAUGCAAACAGCUGAUAUCUCUUUGUCAAUGCAUAAACAUUUAGAAGCUGCUUGGAUAUUAAAGAUCUUUUACUACAUAUACAUUAUUAGCAUUAAAUAAAAGCAUACAUUAGGUAAAAAAUGGACAGUUACAAAUAAAAAGAAUAAGAAGUUACAAAAUAAAGAUAUUUUACUGCCCCAGUAUUUUUUUUAAACUUAGAUUGUUAUAUACUUGGACUCUGACACAAUUUUUCUAUCUUGAGUAUGUGCAAAUAAUGCAAUACACAAUGUUUUUAAUUUUCAAUUGUAAUUUUAUGAUUACAAAGUAAUAGAGAUUCCUGAAGAAUACUUUGGAAGUUUAGGAAAUAAAUAAAAUUAUACAUCAAUAUUCUGGUAUAGAUCCUUUAAGAUUCUCUUAAGACAUUUGUAAGUAUACCUAUAUAUUUUUAGGUGAUCAUAUUGAAAAUGCUCUUUUAAAAGCUGCCUGUUUUAUGUGUCACUUGUUCACAAACAUUUCUCAGAUCACUAGAUAUCACUCUAUAGCCUCACUUGCAAUGGAUUCCUGGUGUCCCAUCACUACAGACCUCAUUAAAUCACUCCCUGCCACUGGCAUGUUGGUUGUUCCCAUGUUUUUUCUAUUAUAAAUAAUUUCCAAAAUGAAUUGUCUUUACAGAUAAAUCUUUUCACAUGCAUCAUUGGUUAUGUCCUUGGAGUGAGUUUGUAAAUGUAGGAAUGUUGGGUUAGAGGCCAGUAUAAUUGUGAGAUUUCUAGCACAUGUUACCAGAUUACCCUCCAGGAAGGCCUACUGUGCCUGAUG